AUGUUGCGUUCGGUUGCUCUUUUGGUUGUCUGUUGUUCGGUGUUUGUGAGUGGAUACUAUGUGACAGUUGAUGCUAAUGGAGAAGAGUGCUAUUUCGAUAGACUUAAAGCUGGCGCAAAGUUUGUUCUGCACUUCGAAGUAUCGGAAGGUGGAUUUUAUGACAUUGAUGUCAAGAUUUCUGGUCCGGAUAACAACGUUUUAUAUUCGGUAACUAAAGAAUCAAGUGGUCGCUAUGCCAUGACCGCGUCAAAGGACGGAAUUUAUACUUACUGUUUCAGUAAUAAAAUGAGCACGAUGACUCCAAAAGUCGUGUUAUUUGCUCUCGAAGUUGAAGACAAACAGCUCGAAAAAGAGGCUGGAGCAUCAGAGGAACAAAACAAGCUCGUUGACAUGGUAAAUGAGCUCGCCAGUUCUGUAAUGUCAGCGAAACACGAAAUGGAGUAUCUUGAAGUGCGCGAAACCCUCCACAGAGCAAUUAACGAAAAUACCAACUCACGCGUCGUUCUUUGGGCUGCUUUCGAGGCUCUCAUCAUAGUCGGAAUGAGUCUAGGUCAAGUGUACUACUUGAAGCGCUUCUUCGAGGUUAGAAGGAUGGUUUGA